GAGUGAAGCGGCAUUAUGUCUGGCAGAGGGAAAGGAGGCAAAGGACUGGGCAAAGGCGGAGCCAAGCGGCACCGUAAAGUGCUCCGUGAUAACAUCCAGGGCAUCACCAAACCGGCCAUCCGCCGUCUGGCUCGGCGUGGCGGCGUCAAGCGGAUCUCGGGUCUGAUCUACGAGGAGACCCGCGGGGUGCUGAAGGUUUUCCUGGAGAAUGUGAUCCGGGAUGCGGUCACCUACACCGAGCACGCCAAGCGCAAGACGGUCACUGCCAUGGAUGUGGUGUACGCUCUGAAACGCCAGGGCCGCACUCUCUAUGGCUUCGGCGGUUGAACAAACCUUCGUUCUUCCAAACCCAAAACAAAGGCUCUUUUAAGAGCCGCCCACCAACUCACGGAGAGAGCAGGCCGCAGGCCAUUGACCUGAAAUGUUAACUCUUCAAUUUGCGAUUACGUUUAAAACAAAAGUGUGGUCGAGUUGUCAUGAAAUUAUUGACAAUUGCCCCAUGGAUUUGAAAUCGCUGUGAACAGAGUGCGGGCUCUAUCGGGUCACUAAGCAGAUUAAAUUCCUAUUCUCUUAGCACAGGAACCCAAUCAGAGAGUUAAAAGAACCCCGGAUGGCCUGAAAGUUGAAAAGCCCGCCCGACAGUUUGAACCGUAGUUUGCAGAAAUAAGCAUUGAUUCAUUAAUUCGAUCAAGAUUUAUUUUACACCAGCGGCCUAAAUGUCAAUUAACUCAUCAGUUUGAAUGUUUCUGGACAGGUGGCUUCCAAAAGCCGAUCCACAGUUUAUAAUCGCGAUCACUCUGUGUAUAUACGUCAUCAGAUUCUGCACUGGUCUCUGAAACUCGGUCGAACUUAAAAUAAAGUUGUUCUGUGAAAGACCCAGAAAUCCAGUGUCCGCAGACUGAUGUGUCCCCUUGAAUUCAUCAUGUCCUCGACUAGAGAUGGGACGGGGAGACCAUUAAAACAAAUUCUCCACGACAGUAACAAGCGUAGAUACCCGGAAAACUUGGCGAUGAUAGCCAGCUGUAUACGGCAGGGGUACGGGGACAGAGACACCCUGACGGCGAGGGUGUUCGCGCUGCCGUUAACCCAACGGCACCGAACUCUUGAUUCAGUGUUGAUGGGGUCCGGCCUGUUGGAACCUGUGUAAGAAACCGGGAUGACUUACUGAAAAAUAUUACACAAAACAUACACAGCGGAAUUCAGAGGAAAUCGGCGUGUCGAUAACACAGGUGAGUGAAUAGGAAAUAACAGCCCUUUCCACUGCUGAGUUAAUGGCUCUGAAAAGAGCCUUUUGUUGUGCUUGGUGCCGAGGCCGGAUUCAG